AUGUUGUCCAAGCUGAAUCGUCAACCUUCUAGAUUACCAUUCGUUGUACAAUCUUUAAAGAACAACAACAACAAACUAUUACAACAUCUCAACUCGAAAUCCAUCCUAGUGAUGGGAUCUUCUCAAGUGGUUCAAACUCGAAACCUUCAACUGAAAACUCCUCUUCAUAUCGGUUUCUUUGAUGAUGUUGCUGGUACUUAUAAAACUCUUCAUAAUCCUUUCCAUUUGAGAUUCAAACUCUCCAUGAAACCUUGGGAGUUUAGAACAGGAUAUUUCUUCUGGUAUUUGAAUUUUGGAGGAAUUCUUAUCCUUUCGGCAGUGUUGGCCGUGUCCAUGUUCUUUGUCUUUUAUUAUGGAUUUUACUUUUUAUAUGCCAAUGUAGGAAUUAAUGGUUUGAGAAGAUUCUACAAUCCUCAUCCCUUCUUGGAGGUUAGAAACGGAAAGGAUUUGGCUGAGACGUAUGAUCCUCUUGGAAAGUUGUAUGUGUAUUUGAGUCCUUUCAGAGGUGAGGAUAAGACCUUGGUGUUCUAUCGAGAAUUAGAGGCAGCUGCCAAACGAAGACUUUAA